CUCAGAAACCCUACCAUUGAGUGCAGAGAGAAGAAACCCAUUAAGUAGCUGCUGCGGAAGCAUUCUGCAUCUCCACAAAUAUCAAAGAAUAGGUUUCGCAGCAGCACACUGAUAAUUAAAUUAAAUAAAUAAACAAAUGGCUCUCUCUCUCUCACAAAGUAACCGUCUCUGUACCCUUCUUGCUCAAUCUCUCCCGCUGUUUCAUCGGCGAGGGUUUGCAGCCGCUUCUGAUGCUUCAGUGAGAAUUGAAUUGGGUAGUGUUGCGAAGGGCCACGGAAAGCUGGGAAGCCUUGAAGAGAAGCCUGUGUCGAGAGAUGGCUCAGAGGCCUGCUCAGCUUGGGCCCCAGACCCAGAAACGGGAUACUACAGGCCCAUUAAUCACAUCCCUAAAAUUGACCCGGUGGAGCUCCGAAAUUUGCUACUCAAGCAUAAUUCCAGAUCAUCCAACUAGAUAGAGCAUAGAGGAGCUGCCACAUAUACAAUGGGAUUUGGGUUUGCAACUAGUAUAACUUUUUAUAAUUUAACUGAAAAAGUCGAAACUUUAAUUAAAUAUUAAGUAUCAUUUUUAUUUAUAUUUAAUUUUGGAUAAAGUGAAAUAAUUACUAAUAUACCGCUUGUUAUGUUUUUC